GGACCGUUCCGCGACGGAUAUUUUUAACCAAUGAAAGUGAUCCGUUUACUUCAGUGCGGUAUUGCUUGUUGCUACCCGCCAUCUUGUGCUCACAAGCUUUCACUUGGCAACUGCUACAUCAAAAGUAAAUACCGCGGUUUUAUUCAAAAUGGUGCGUAGAUGUGCUUGGGGAACAUGCAAUGCAGAUUGCAGGUAUCCUGAUAAGAUGAUUGGGGUCAGAUUCAUAACAUUUCCUAACCCUAAAACUCAAUUUGAGAAGUGUUUACGGUGGAUAAAGGCAUGCGCUCGACCGCAUGAACAGUUAAAUGUCAACAGGAUUAACAAAAAUAAAGUCGUGUGUUCAACGCACUUCAUGGGAGAAAAUGGGCCAACUGACAAAUAUCUAGAUCCCCUGCCAGCUGAUGGAUCAUUGGCAUCUCCUACCAGACCACCACCCAAGCGCAGGCGGCUGGACUUGGAAGCACCUAUAUCAUUUGACAUUUUGGUUGAACAAGAAAAAAACAAAGAGUAGGGUUAAAAUUUCAUAUUUUGCAUUUAUUCAUUAAUAAUAAUCCUUUAAACAAUGGCACUUUUUAUUUAAAUCAUCUGAAUUUGUUUACAUUUAUAUAAUGUUAUCUGUAAAAUCAAAAAGUGAAAUAAAAUUCAACAAAUUUAUUACAUCAGAUAAAUAAAAACUGGUUGUACUGACUGUACACAACUG